AUGUUAUCGGAAUUAUAUGAUAAUACAGAAGACACAUACAUCACAUACACAUGUCUGAUUAAGUCUAUGCUUGCUAAAUAUGAUGUUCCUAAGGCUACUAUUCCUGAACCUGGAGGCAAUCACACGGUAAUAAACUGUAAGAAGCCAACAACUUGCAAACUUUGCCAUAAGCGUCAUCAUUCCUUGCUGCACCCAAAUCUGGACGGUACUAACAAAAGAGAUACUGCAUCAAAACCUACUGUCGUUGAAGCUAGUCCUUCGACUAGUUCUGCUCCAGUAGUCUCUUGCAUAUCUACCAACACGGUUCCUGUUCCUGGACAAGUUUUACUAGCUACUGCUCUAGUAAAAGCGGAGUCCAAGACGGGUAACUAUCAGGUAGUAAGAGCUCUGUUGGACCAAGGUUCACAGGCUUGUUUUGUGACCGAGGACACAGUGCAGUUCUUAAGGCUUAAGAAAAUUCCCAUACAUGGAAUGGUGUCAGGAUUAGGUCAGAAGUCAACUAUAGCGAAAUAUAUGGUGAAUAUAACUAUUCAAUCCAGGGUAGAUUCAGGUUUUAAAUUAAAUUUCAACGCUUACGUCAUUAGUAAAAUUACUUCAUACUUACCGGAUCAAGCCUUAAAUAAAAAUACUUUUAACUGGCUCGAUAUCACCAACUUACAGUUGGCCGACCCACAGUUCAAUCAACCUAGUAAAAUUGAUAUUUUACUAGGUGCAGAUGUUUAUGGUUGCAUAAUAAAAACAGGCAUAAUCAAAAGUCCAACUGCUACUUUAAUUGCUCAGAACACCACAUUAGGAUGGAUUCUAUCUGGUGUAGUACAUAGGUCAAACAUUAACAAUAGUUCAAGUUACACACAACCAUGCGUUAGUGUAGCUCACGCUCAGUUCAAUUUAGAUCAAAUUCUUAAACAGUUUUGGGAAAUUCAAGAUCAGACUAGUACAAAAAAGGUUCUUUCGCCAGAAGAACAACAAUGUGAAGACUUUUACAAGGCCACAACUAAAAGAAGAGCAGACGGUAGAUAUGAAGUCCGGUUACCAUUCCGAGUUAAGGAUCCGCAGUGCACAGCAGGUGAUUCUCGCGCUAUAGCUGAAAACAGAUUAAAAUCAUUAGAGAAAAGGUUGGCAAAGAACACUGAGCUAAAGGAAAAGUACACGGAUGUAAUUGAAGAAUACUUACGUUUAGGGCACCUGCGACCUGUGAAACAAGAUGACGGUAAAAAAGAAAUAGCUGUGUAUUUACCCCAUCACGCCGUCGUAAGAGAAGACAAAACCACUACUAAGGUUCGAGUUGUGUUCAAUGCAUCCCAAAAGAACAAUAGAGGAGUGUCUUUAAAUGAUACUUUGAUGGUUGGACCAACACUACAAGCGGAGUUGAGGCACACAAUUAUGAGAUGGAGAACUCACUCUAUUGGACUGGUAGCAGAUAUAAUUAAGAUGUAUCGUCAAAUUAGAGUGGCUGAUGAGGAUGCUAUGUUCCAAAGGAUACUCUGGCGGAGCAGUCCUAACGAGUCGAUCAAAGACUAUGAACUCGUAACAGUUACUUUUGGAACAGCGUCGGCACCUUACCUGGCAGUCAGAACUCUCCAUCAAAUUGCUUACGACGAAGGCGACGAAUAUCCUCUCGUGUCUGAAAAGGUACUAAGUUGCUACUAUAUGGAUGAUUUACUGACUGGAUGCGAUGACGUAACUACCGGCAUCCAAAUCUACAAGCAAAUGAAAGAACUUUUAGCCAAAGGAGGAUUCGAACUUCAAAAGUGGAGCACUAACAAUAAAGAGUUAUUAGAUCAGAUUAAUACAAUAGAAUAUAAAGUAGAGAGCAACGAAGAAAAUGAGAGUAAAGCUAAAGAUAGAGAUCAAAAGGAAUUAGAAAUGAAAUUAGAUAAUACUAUGAAGAUCUUGGGACUUACCUGGGAUCGUAAUGAUGACUCCUUCCGGUACACCGUCCAUCUUCCGCCGCUUCAGAAUACACCUGCAACAAAAAGAACUGUAAUCUCUGAUAUAGCUAGAUUAUUCGACCCAUUGGGUUGGUUAGCGCCCACAAUAGUUGUAGCUAAAAUCUUUAUACAAAAAUUAUGGCUCGCGGGUCUCGGUUGGGAUGAACCACUUACUAAAAAUUUAACUGAAGAAUGGCGUACUUAUCGGGAAGAGCUAACAUUACUUACAGAAGUUCAUAUACCUCGUUGGCUGGGGAAAACCAUAGAAACCGACGUAGAGCUCCAUGGAUUUUGUGACGCGUCGAAGGUAGCAUAUUCCGCUGUAGUAUACAUGCGACUAACUAAAGACGUAGGGGAGGUCAAGGUGUCAUUGUUGGCUGCAAAGACUCGCGUGGCACCAAUAAAACAAGUAAGCAUUCCUCGCCUAGAGCUGUGUGGGGCAGUUCUCCUGUCACAACUAUUGAUGGAAACUGCUGAGGUGUUGAAUAUACCCAAGGAUAAGGUUAAAGCGUGGACAGACUCUACUGUGGUGUUAGCCUGGAUCAACAGCCACCCCAGUAAAUGGAAAACCUUUGUCGCCAAUAGGACAUCCGAAAUCUUAACCACAAUGACGGCUUCGCAGUGGUUCCACGUGUCGACUAAAGAUAAUCCAGCGGAUGUUGCCUCGCGAGGGUUGUCACCAGGGUUGUUUACGCAAAAUACAAUGUGGUUUUCAGGACCACAGUUUCUGAAAGAAAAGGAAAUUAUUUAUAUCAGACCAAAAGAUUUAGAGAUCAAUUUAGAACAGUCGAUUAAGACUCAUGUAGGAGUUAUUAUAUCAGAUGAUUUUGACUUACUUGAGAGAUUUUCUUCUUUGUCAAAGUUAUUAAGAGUUGUUGCAUAUUGUCGUCGAUUCCUAAACAGAGAUACCAGAAGCAAACAUUACCUGCAAAAGAAAGAGAUACAUGAAGCAUUAGAAUGUUGUAUAAAGAUAGUACAAAAGAAAGAGUUUUCAACAGAGUACAAACAAUUAUAUGAUAAAUCAGACUUACCUUUGAAAAAUAGCACACUCAAAUCCUUAUGUCCUUACCUUGAUGACAAAGGCAUUAUGAAAGUUCAAGGACGAAUAGAUAAGGCUCCAUUGGAUGAACUAAUAAAGCACCCCAUAAUCUUGCCCAAGAAGUCACAUUUUACCCUACUCUUAAUUGCGGACGCUCAUAGUAAAACUCUACAUGGAGGUCCACAAUUAAUGAUUAAUUAUUUGCGAACCGCUUAUUGGAUCAUUGGUGUAAGAGAACUGGUGAAGCUAUACGUUCGCAAGUGCAUCAUUUGUGUAGCGGGUCUCGUGGCCCGUGGGAACGCAGCGUCUGUAUGCAAAUGCGGAGGUGCGGCGUUAUCUGUUCACGCCGCAGCCGCCGGCGGCGCGCUCUCAGCGCAGACGUCUUGA